AAAUACUUCAACACUGUCCCUCUAGAUAUCCCCAGUCUCCCUUCACUUCCCACUCGUGUAUCCUGGGGUCUGUCAGGAUGAGUGCAACAAAGGCACAGUCACAGAAGAUCUUCGAGAAGCUGAAAGCCAAACCGGCCAACAAGAUAUGUUUUGACUGCGGCCAGAAGAACCCGACUUGGUCGUCUGUCCCUUUCGGAGUCUAUCUAUGUCUCGACUGCUCUUCCAACCACAGAAACCUGGGUGUUCACAUCUCCUUUGUCAGAUCUACGAAUUUAGACGUCUGGCAAUGGAGCCAACUGCGCACUAUGAAAGUUGGAGGCAACGAGUCUGCCACGAAAUUCUUCCAAUCCCACGGUGGGAGUGCUGCGCUCGCGAGCAAGGAUGCGAAGGUCAAAUACACGUCCAAUGCUGCGAACAAAUACAAGGAGGAACUUAAGCGUAGAGCUGAAAGAGACGCUCAAGAAUACCCUGACGAGGUAGUCAUCACCGACGACCCCCUCUCCACUCCUGGCGCCGACGGCACAUCCACGCCCGCCGGUGAACCUGCAGACGACUUCUUCUCUUCCUGGGACAAGCCGACCAUCAAGCGGCCUAGCAAUCCGCCCUCACGAAGCGGCACGCCUCCUGUGAUCUCACGCACCGCCUCCCCAUUCCUCUCGGCUGGUAACGCCACAAAUGGCUCGCAGACACGGCCCAAAUCUCCUUCACCUUUGGCUGCAAACACAGCCAAUGACGCCGUAAAGGACGCCGAAGCCGCCCUCCCCGCUCCCGCCGCAAUACGUACGACGUCUUCUUCCGCGAUCCGCAAAGGCCCCAAUGCUGCCGGCGGCGCUGGUGCCAGACGCGCAAACGUUCUCAGCGGAAAGAAACCGGCACACAAACUUGGCGCAAAGAAGGUUGUCGGUGAGGAGAUCGACUUUGAAGCAGCUGAAAAGGCAGCAAAGGCCGAGGCCGAGAGGAUAGAGAAAUUAGGCUAUGACCCUGAAGCAGAGAAGGCGGAGGAACUCGCAAAAGCCAGCAAAUCCUCCAAUUUUGGAGCUUCGUCCGCCGCGACACUCAAGGAGACGCCGACACCUAUCAAUACUGCGACGAGGGCGGCGUCGAAUCCAAGCCACGCGCGGAGCCCGAGCGAGCUUGAGAGACUGGGAAUGGGUAUGGGUCGGUUGGGAUUCGGACAGGUUGGACCAACCAAAGGAGCGGCAAGCUCAAGCGCGGCAGCGCCGAAGAAAUUGGGGUUUGGUGCUGUUGGCCACAGCAAACCCUCUGCGGCAGACGACGAGGAAGAACAAUACGCCCGCAGCAAAUUCGGCGGCCAGAAGUCGAUCUCGUCCGACGAGUUCUUUGGCCGCAACAGCUACGACCCGCAGGCGCAAGCCGAGGCGAAAUCGCGCCUGCAAACCUUCGAGGGUGCCACGUCGAUCAGUUCCAACGCGUAUUUCGGACGUCCCGAGGAUGAUCCUACCGGUCUCGAGGGCGGCGACGGCGCGUACGGAGACAUUGAGACGGUGGCCAAGGACUUCGUCCGAAAACUCGGCCUGACGGCGGGAGAUGACCUAGAGAAUCUGAUCAAUGUGGCCGGUGAGGGCGGCAGAAGGCUGAGAGGUGCUGUCGCUCGGUACUUGAAUAGUUGAGCGGGGGCUUGCUUGAGACCUGUGCUUGGGAUCCAGGAUGAACCCUUUUGCAGGUCGGCUUCGAAAUUGAAAGGGCCAGAUUGAGUCCAGCGGGGAUGAGGCGAAUGGAUAGGGACGCGAUUGCAUGAGUGGGGAGCCGAUUGAUUGAUUGAUUGAUUGCUUACAAGCACGGCAUAGCCACAGUAGGAAAGAAAUGCGAUACGUAGGCGACGCAGGCGGAAGCAAUGAAUUGAGCACGAGCACGAGGAGUAUUGAAGUUUUGGGACUGGCCUUUGCAUGACUAUGGCUUUGACUUUGACGUGCGCUGUCAUGCUCCCCCCUUUCUUAAUCCCCCCCUUUUUGUCAAACGGUAGAAUUCAUACACAUACCUACACAUACCUACAC